AUGCUGGUGAGGUGGACGGGUCUUACGGACAUUCUGCCACCGAGCUGGUUCCGCCCGUCGCAUAAGGCGCAUGCGGAGCUCGUUGAGCAGUUUGGCCUUCUAAGGGGGUGCCUUUUUGCUAGUUGGGGCAUGUUGCGGGUGCUGAGUGAUGGGAGAGUGAGGGGUGAGAUCGGGGCGGUAGUGGUUGCGGCGGUGGGGAGUGUUGAGCUGGGGUUAGAUUGUGGGAUUCCAGGAGGAGUGCGGGAUUGCAGACGAAGACCUACUGGGCACGAUGAUGAAAAAGAGCUUUCUGUAGAGGUAGGAUGUGCAGGUGAUGAUUGA